AGCCAAGGACUCCUCUGCCACACUAGGGGUGGGGUAGCUGGUGUAGAGGGUUGAUCAGCCAGCUCCCAGACAUCAGUCACUCCUCUGGCUCCCCUGAGCUGCAGCCAGCAGGAAAGAGCAAACUUUCCCAGGUGCCACUCUUGCUAGUCGGCCCCCGUGGGAAUCCCGAGCUUGCCCUCUCAUCCCUGUCCCUCUGGGAAGACCAGGGACCAGGCUUGAUUUUCAGCUGCUGAGGUCAGGGGGACACAAGGUGGGGUGCGUGGCCCUUCUUGGGGCAAAAAUAGAACCUCAGAGGACUCCAGACUCUGAGCUUGGUUUCAUGCCCAGGGGACCACCUGGGUUAGCCCUUUGCUCAGAGGGCAUCUGGACUCCAUCAUCUCCUGCUUCUUAACGUGUGCUCCCCAAGAAGGCAGGGCCCCAGCCCAGGGACAUCCUAGAUCCAGGUCUGGCAGCUGGGCCCCCAAGGGAGGGCAUCGUGAGUGGCCAGGGGGAGCCCCAGGCUCUUCCACACAUCAAGGAGACGGGCAACCUGGGGGAGAAGGUGCAGGAUGGGGGCUGGAGGCCCUGUGGUCAGGAAGAAGAUGGACUUCUGACUCUGGCCAGCACCAGCUCCGGGGGCCCUGUGGAGGCUGUGGACAACAAUGAUGAGGAAGCCUCUACUUCUGCUACCUGCUCCACCUGCCCCAUCCUGGACCUGCCCCCUCCCUGGCCAACAAGUUGUGGGGCCGAGGACGUCCAAGCCUUCUGCUUUAUCUGCCUCCACAAGGAAGAGGAGCCUCUUGAGACCCUUCCACUUCAGAGGGAGAAGAUGAGUGGGGGCUGCCCAGAGCAGGAGCCCCCCCGUGCGCUGGCCUGCUGCAGUGGCAGUGGUGUGCCCCUCCUCACGGAGGAUAUGCAGGCCCUCACCAUCCGCACACUCUCGGGCACGGAUGUCAGCAAGCACUAUGACCUCAUCCGGGAGCUGGGCAAAGGCACCUAUGGCAAGGUGGACCUGGUGUCCCACAAGAGCACAGGGACCAAGAUGGCUCUGAAGUUUGUGAAUAAAAGCAAGACAAAAUUGAAGAAUUUCCUUCGAGAGGUCAGCAUCACCAAUACACUCUCCUCCAGCCCUUUCAUCAUCAGGGUCUUUGACGUGGUGUUUGAGACCGAGGACUGCUACGUCUUUGCGCAGGAGUACGCACCCGGCGGGGACCUCUUCGACAUCAUCCCGCCUCAGGUGGGGCUCCCUGAGGACACGGUGAAGAGAUGUGUGCAGCAGCUAGGCCUGGCCUUGGACUACAUGCACGGACGGCACCUAGUGCACCGAGACGUCAAGCCAGAGAACGUCUUGCUCUUUGACCGUGACUGCCGACGGGUGAAGCUGGCCGACUUCGGCAUGACCCGAAGGGUGGGCUGCCGUGUGAAGCGGGUCAGCGGCACCAUUCCCUACACGGCUCCCGAGGUGUGCCAGGCAGGCAGGGCCGAGGGCUUCGCCGUCGACACCGGCGUCGACGUCUGGGCCUUCGGUGUCCUCAUCUUCUGCGUCCUCACGGGCAAUUUUCCCUGGGAAGCUGCCUCAGGUACAGAUGCCUUCUUUGAGGAGUUUGUGCGGUGGCAGAAGGGGAGGCUCCCGGGCCUGCCUUCCCAGUGGCGGCGUUUCACUGAACCAGCCCUGCGGAUGUUCCAGCGGCUGCUAGCCCUGGACCCUGAGAGGCGGGGACCCGCCAAGGAGGUCUUCCGCUUCCUCAAGCAUGAGCUCACCUCGGAGCUCCGCCGUCGGCCUUCUUGCCGUGCCCGCAAGCCUGCUGGUGACCGCCUGCCUGCCGGGCCACACCACCAGGAGGCUCCAGCACCACUCAAGAGGACGGUGCUGACCGAGAGCAGUGGGACCAGGCCCUCCCCUCCCACCCCUCCUGAAUCUGGCCUCUCCUCACCAGGGCCGGCCAGCAGGACGGAUGGGCGGCAGGACAAGAGCAAGGGGCAGCUGGUCCUGGCCACAGCAAUAGAAAUUUGCGUCUGAGCUGCCCCCCUGCCCGAUGCCAGUCCCCCCUUCAAGGGCUCCUCUGUGGCAACUCCUAAGGAGGGCUCCUCACCCCAGCGCUUGCACCCAUGAGGCUAGCAAGAACCCCUCCAGACCCAGUGGGCGAGGGGGACAUAGGGGACGGGGGACUCAGGGUGGGGAGAGGCCCUUCCUUUGCCUGCUAAAGGAACCAGGAGUCACUGUUCCCAAAGCAAAAAAGAAACACGGUUAGACAAUAGUAAUAUCGUAGCACUAGCCUGGAUCAGUCAGGACAGAAAUGGAAAUGCCUCAUUCAGAUGAUGAGGAGCUGGUGGGUCCCACAGCCCCUCCAGGCUCCAGGCACUAUCCCUCCCCUCAAGGAGGAAGGCAGUGGGCUUGGGAACAGCAGGGCUGGGCUACAGAAGCUCCACAGGGGCCUCAGGUAAGACAUUAACCAAAAAUCUGUCUGAGGGGCCAGGAAAGAGAUAGGGCAGUGCCUGCCCCCCACCACCACCACUAAAAUAGGGAAGGGUCUAGAGCCUAGAGCCAGAAUCUGCAUCAAGAGGGACAGACUGCCAGAGCAGACCCAAGGUUUGGAGGUAGGAUCCUGUGGGUCAUAGGAUGGCUCUUAGGGGCUUCAAUCCCAACCCAGCUAAGGGGGCAGGGCUGACUCCAAUCUACUUUCUCCACCCUUGUUUCCCACCUACUCCCAAUUCCUUCUCCCCGUCUUACCAAUUUCACAGGACCAUCUGAAGUCUUUCAGCCUAUCCUAACCACUCUGUCCCAUUCCUGGAGUUUCUCCUUCCCCCACCCCUAUCUCUUUCCUACCCUCUCCCUCUAUUAGCCCAGACUCUGCCUCCCUUUUCGUGGGUACCACCCUCUCCUCAGGCCCUUAGUUUUGCCUUUCCUUUCUCUUUACCUUUGGGAAAGAGGUGGGGCUAGGUUUUCUUUAGAGGGCAGGGAGAGAGAAGGGGCUGUUGAUCCCCAAGUCUUGGUGGAGGCCCCAGGAUCAGAGAAAGCUCUCGCUGAUGAAGACAGCAGGGAGAUCCAAGGUUCUGGGCCACAUAAAAUGGGGAAAGGGGGAGCAACGACAGUAACUCCAACCCCUGGUCCCAAGCCCUGCAUGCUCCAGAACUGGGAGCAGGGCAGGCCCCAGGACAGGCAAGGAGCAGACUGGGACCAGGAGAAAGGAAGGAAGGACACAGGGAUAAACUGACCCAGCUACCUGAAAAAUGUAGCAAAUGUGUAGUGUGUAUACGUGAGUGUGUGUGUGUAUGUGUGUGCAUCUCCCAGACAUAGAACAUAGAAUGUCAGAGCUAGAAGAGAUCUUAAGAGUUCAUUUAGUCAUAGGAUCGUAGAUUUAGAGCUGAAAGGGACCUCUGAUUUUACAAAUGGGAAGUAAGGCCCAGAGAGAGGAAACCCAAGGUUACACUGCAAGCCAGUGCCACAGCUAAGACUAAAACCCACAUCAGCCCUCCCAAAGAGGGCUGAUGGGUCCCCUAAUGGAAGGGGGGCUUGUCACACAUGACAGAUUUAUGACCCACUUUGUUGUGUCCAUCCCGUCAUCUUUCCCAUCUUCCUGGGAUAGUUGCCGGCGGGGAUGUGACAAGCAUUCAGGAGUUAGGUCAUGGGACUGAGGCCCUUGCAUUGAGGUAUUGAGAAAUAGUACCUCAAUGCAAAGAAAGGAGAGAGCGCACGGUGAGGAUAUGUCUAGUCCAAACUCAUCUAAAUUCUCAUGCCUGGGUCAUUAGGCCUUCCUUCUGACCCUCCUCUGAGUCAGAGCAGGAAGGGAAUCCCCUCCAUUGGACUAGGGGAAGGAAUACUUACCUUCCCUUUCCUAUUCCCCCAACCUAAACAAGGAUCAGGAGUACUCUUAGAAGAUAUCAAUAAAGAAUGGUCUUCUUAGGAGGAAUCCUCACAGAGGCCCAAUAAGCAAUUGAUUCCCAGUGUCAGUGGCCUGGGGACAAUGGCCCAUCUAACAAGACAGAUGGCUGGGGGCAGGAGACAUGACUCCCUAGCAGAACUUCCCUAUCCUGGGCUGGGAUGAAGAGUUCUUUGGAAGCCUGACCAGGCCUGGGUGGAGGGGUGUGGCCAGGAAGCUGAGGGCCAGAGAUUGUGCAGAAGGACAGUGCGGGGACGUUGGGAACAGGGAUCGAGUGUGGCUCUAGCCGGGCAGCCAUGAGCUCCAAUCCCUGAGCUUGUCUAGGAGUACUGCCUUAGAGGAAUCCCCUCCUCCUGUAGUGCCCCAGGGAAAUCCAGGAUUUUGUGUGGCAAGGGCCAGCAACACCCUGGGAGGGGACAAAGGCCUUGGCCCUAUCAAAGCUAGAAGGUACUUCUAGUUAAAUGCUUUAAUUUUACAGAAGAGACUGAGGCAGUUGUCUGCCCGAGGUCUAUAUGGGAAGUUAGUUACAAAGCCAGGACUCAGAUCUUAGCCUUCUGGCUUCCAGCCCUGGGCUCUCCCCAGAAUGACUAUCAGCAAGAUGGUGGUAGGACCCUAGGAUUGAGGAAGGACCCAGGGCAAAAGCAGCCCUGAUGGAGGAUUCCUCAACCCUUGUCCUCCCUUGCAGGGGGUUUGUGCCAGAAAUUGUUCAGUAACUUUGGGUUGGGAUCUGACUCACCCGCUCUAGUGCCCUAGGUCAGUCAGGCAAUGGGCACUUGCUCUGUGCCAGGGUCCUGUUUACAUCUACUGGGAGGAACUUGGGUGAGGGAAGGAGCUGUGUAAGGGACAGGGGGGAUAAGUAUGAGUGGGUGAAUGAAGGGAUGAAUCCCCUGCCUCACCCAAAGGUGAGUCCCUUCGACUGGACCCUGAUAAAAGGAGGGAGCAGGACUCAUAGGUCACACCAGUCUCCACCAAAGCCCUCAGGGAACCAGGCAAGGAUCCUUGGGUGAUGGCCUGCUGAUGCAAUGGAAAUACACCAGGAGUAGGCAGCUUUCUGCCAAUCUAAGGGGAAGACCAACGAAAUGAGAGUGGGGGCCCACCCCCACUAGGAACCCCUCUUUCCCAAGCUCCCCACCACCCCUGGCUCUUCAGGGGACUCUCAGCAAUAACCUCAUAUCUGGUGGGGCCAGGGAACUUAGGGGUAGCAGACUCAAAUGGCUCCCCGUCCUCCAGCCCCUCUCACCCAGCCAAGGCCUCCUGUUUCUCCCCACCCCCACCACAACCUCCACUAACAGAGGAGGUUCCAGGGACCCCUUGCAAGCCCAGAUGACCUGGUCAACACCUCACCCUCAGGGUUGGGGUCCCUCAUCCCCAUCAAUCUGGAAAAGGGUAGGCACUGGCAGCCCCCCACUCUUUCCAUCAGGGCCUGAGCCCCUCUGUAUCCAACACUCAGGUGAGGGAUGGGGGGUAGGCUUUGGGGAGCAGCCCCCAGCUUGUCUAGCCCCACCCAAUGUCUUUGAGUGGGAUGGGCCUCCAGGUGGCUCCUAGGAUUGGAGUGCCACAUACCCCCAUCCUACAACAAGCAACAACCCCCAAUCCCCUCCCCACAGAUCACACAAAAGGGCUAUUGACUCCUCACCCCAGACCUAGGCACAGUUUACAACCAAGCUGACCGUGCAUUGGCCUCAGCCUCUUUCCAUUCUCUUCAAAGAGGGGCAAAGGAUCUUGGACACUUCCAGGGCAGAGUCCUUGCUCAGGCUUAAAGUUGGAGAGGGGAGAGAGAAGGGGAAAGCAGGGAAGGGCAACAUACCUAGCCCAGCCAAGAUUACAAAAGUGUCUCCUUGAGGGGCUUACCCUUCUCCAGCAGGCAUUGGUGCCCUCUGGAGAUGUGCUAGGGAAGUAGCAAAUGCCCCUCUCCUUCCCUAGACCCAUCUCAGUGGAGAUCCCUGCUUCCCCAUCCACCUUCCCUUGGGCAAGCCCCAGGCCUGUCACCAGGCCCAAAGCAAUGGCUAAAGCCCUGAGACCACCGGUGCCCAAUCCUGAACUCUUCAUCUUUGACUCCUCCUUUUGCCUUAGGCCUCCUCAAAGUCCUGAUCUCUCGUGCAAUAAUGUUGAAGCGAGACUCCGCCGUAGACAAACUUCUCGAACUCUUUUUUUAAAGAUCCUGUUGAGGUUUUUCUCUCAUUGUAGAAUCAUAGAUUGUUAGAAUGGGAAGGGGACCAUAUGUACCAUCUACUCUGACCCCCUCAUUUUACCAAUGAGGAUGCUGAGGCCCAGAGAGGGGAAGUGACCUCCACUAGGUCAAACAGCAAGUUCGUGAUAGAGCUGGGACUAGGACCAUGGUCUUCUGAGUCAUGAUCAGUCUCGAGCUCUUUACACUACACCUUGCUGCCUUCUCUGGCCGUCAGGUUGGGACCCUUUGCCGCAUAAGAGAGGUUUUGGUCACAGAUGUUUACCUCAGUUUAUGUCACUGUCAAAGAAACAAAAAUAUACAUAUAUAGCAAAAAAAAAAAAAGAUAGAUGUGAAAACUGCAAAACAACAACAAAAAAUUCCCCUAGUGAUUCUUCCUGUUGUGAAGGUGCAGUGUGUGUUUCCCAAGCUGGGCAGGAGUAGCCACCUAUUCUGCCUGGCCUCGCUCCCUGUCUUCAGUCUGUCAAACAUCCCCAGACCAUGCCCACCCCUUUCUUUGGACUGAUCAGGGACUGAAGGGUAAAUCAAAUCUCCUUCCUCCUACAAUGAAAUCUCCCCGUGAACUGGUGCUUCUCAAUUUUUCACCCAGUAGUUGUGCACUAGGGUGGAGUGGGAGGGUUGGGAGGAAGAACCUUUGUGGUUUCCCAGGGUAGAGUGUGGCAGGAGCUCCAAGAAGAAAAGGGGCCUGCAGCCAACCCACUGGUGAAACCCUCCUGGCCAGACCCUACAACCCAGAGCAAUUGGAAAUCUAGAAGCCAAGCUAGAAAACAUCAUAGGUGGGGUCAAUGGGGAAGGUCUUCAAGAAAGGAGGUUGGGUGCUGUGGUCUUCUCCCAUUGGCCAGGCCAGGCAGCCUCCCCAGGCCUGAGCUCAGGAAUGCCUGGGCCUCAGAGUCCUGUUUAACCCCACCACCACUACCACCUCCCAAGCUCUGGCCCCUCUCCUCUAUAUUCUCUGGGCUGGAUGGAUCCAAAUUGGGAGAGGCCCCCAGUUAGUCUCUCCCAGUAUACCCAGAGCCCAGCCUGCAGCACCCCUCUAGGCCUUCCUUUUUUCCAUCAAUGCUCUGAGUUGGUCAUCUAACACUAUGCUCAGUGGGGGAUCCCUGGGGCUUCCUCCCUGGCCCAAAUAUGGUUUGGGGGUAAAAAUUAUGUAUGCUGUCCCUGCACUGAGCAUGGGAUGGGAGACCAGAGUUAAUCUCCUACAGAGAAACUACUACUACCCUGCAGUCCCAUUCCUCUCUCUGAAGACCUCAUCGUCCUGUCUUCCUCCACCCCACCCAAGUGUUUGUAAAUACUUUGGAAUCCUUUGCCCGUAUAAGAAGGAGGUUUUUAAAUGUGUUAUUUACUUCUAUAUCAAUACAAUUGCUAUAAAAUAAAGGGUUAAGAAAACAGA